AUGCUUCUCAAUCUAAAGCACGUCCUUCUUUCCGUGUCUCUGUUCUUGCCAUCUCUUGUAUCUGCCCAGCUAGCUUCUGGCUACCCUCUUGGUCCUCUUACAACAUCAUCUGCGAAAUGGGCAAAGAAGGUCUGUGAUGUCACCAAGUAUGGCGCAGUAGCGGAUGGGAAAACGGAUUUGGGGCCGCCUCUUCUCGCGGCGUUCAAAGCUUGCGCAAAUGGUGGUGUCGUGAAUAUCCCUCUUGGUAACUUUGCGAUGUCUACAUGGGUUACACUAUCUGGCGGUAAGGCCUGGGCCAUCAACCUCGAGGGUGUCAUCUACAGAACUGGAACUGCGGGAGGACACAUGAUUAUCGGCAAAUCAAGUGGUGCCAUUCAAGGUUAUGGAUACGUAUUUCACGCCCAAGGCAUAUACGGCCCUCGUCUCAUUCGACUCGUCAAUGUCAUUAAUUUUUCUAUUCAUGACAUCGCUCUCGUUGACUCUCCGGCAUUCCAUCUCAUUCUCGACACGGUACAAAACGGCCAGGUCUACAACCUGAUUAUCCGUGGUGGAAACCAAGGUGGACUAGACGGCAUCAAUGUCUGGGGCUUCAACGUUCAUAUUCACGAUAUUGAGGUUACCAACAAGGACGAAUGCGUUACUGUCAAGAAUCCAUCCAAUCAUAUGCUGAUCGAGAACAUCCAUUGUAAUUGGAGCGGUGGAUGUGCUAUUGGAAGUCUGGGAGGAGAUACCGCCAUUUCAAAGAUUACCUACAACAACAUAUACACCUGGCAAUCCAACCAAAUGUUUAUGAUCAAGAGUAAUGGUGGAUCAGGAUCGGUAUCUGACAGUGUAUUCUCCAACUUCAUCGGACACAGCAAUGCAUACUCUCUCGACAUCGACGCAUAUUGGAAAUCGACACCAGCAGCUGGUGAUGGCGUCCUGUUUACUGGUCUUACUUUCUCAAACUGGAAGGGAACUUGCGCGGAUGGUACUCUUAGAGCACCUAUCCAAAUUAUUUGUCCAACAAAACAGCCCUGCACUGGCUUAGGCAUCACGAAUUUUGCGAUCUGGACAGACAAAGGUAGUCGCGAAUUAUAUAAAUGUCAAAAUGCCUGGGGUGAUGGAGGAUGCUUGGUUCACGGGUCUGCGCAUACAGCUUAUGCAAUUGUGACGAAAACGGUAUCAUCGGCUCCUUCUGGGUACUCGGCUGCCAAGAUGCCGAACGAUAUAGCUGCUGGGUAUGCGCUCACGGCUAGUAUACCUAUUCCCACGAUUCCUACCACUUUCUUCCCGGGACUAGUUCCAGCAACGAAGAGGGCGUAUCCAUAG